AUGAGACCGAGCACCCUCACUCUCUCGCUCCGGGGGCAACUGUUACGGAUCCGGCCUACGGAUCCUACACCCAGAACGGUCUCCGAACUCGGUUACCAGGGUCCGACCCGCUUCGCCCUUCCAGAAGGUCUGCUUGGCGUCAAACGGGUGGAGAAAUUGUUCUAUAGAAUUCUGAUAUCUGUGCUACGCGAUGAUGUGAAGUAUGAUUCAUUUGUUAUUGGCAGUGAUGAAGACUUGCAAGUUCUGCACCAUUGUCGCCGUCAGUUUCCCGAGGAAUCCUCAAUCCGUAGGACAUCUAGCUGCUCUAGUUCCAUUCCUGUUCGUGCCUCGUCGGCUGUGCCGGUCAUUACACCUGAGGCAGGUUUAGUUGCCUCUCCUUCCUUUGCAUUUAAUCUAAACCGUGGUGGUGACCCCGGAUUUGGUGAGAUUGGCCUGUUGGGGGAGGAAGCAUUUGCGACGCUCGGACCUGCUGCAACGGUCCCACUCGUUGGAGUGAUUGGAGUACCCGAUGGGGUUGAGGAUGCACUGCAUGAUGAUGAUGAUGAUGUGGAGUCCGCCACAAUAGCAGAUGAUAGUGAUGAUGACACACCACGGCCGACCUCAGCUGUGGGUGGGGGAGCAUCUAGUUCGGUGGGUCAGCAGUUUCAGGAUAAAGAAGAAGUCGUGUUAAGCGUGAAGACAUAUAGCAUUCGUCGCAGGGUUGAGUACAAGGUAUUGGAGUCCGAUAAUCGCAAGUAUUAUGGGAAGUGCAAGGGGUUUGGAAGCGGGUGUGCAUGGCUCAUUCGGGUUAGCCUCUACCAUCGUAGAGCCACAUCGAUAUCUAGUGAUCAUAGAAAGCUUGAUUAUCAUGUUAUAUCGGCCUUCAUAUUGCCGAUGAUUAGAGCUGAUGCUACCAUCUCGAUCAAGGUACCGCAGAAUGCCACGGAGGCACAUUUUGGGUUCAGAUCAACUUACAUGAGGGUUUGGAUGGCUAAACAGAAAGAUGUGGCCCAGAUUUACGAAGAUUGGAAGGAGUCAUACAAUGACUUACCACGAUGGGUAUUGGGUGUUCAGAUCACAAUGCCAGGUAGUGUUGUGGUGUUAAAGACGAGUCCUGUGCGGCCAUUGGUUUGUGUGGACGGUACCCACCUGUAUGAGAAAUACAGCGGGACACUAUUGGUCGCGAUUGCAAAGGAUGGCAACUCCAACAUUAUUCCUAUUGCAUUUGCACUGGUGGAGCUUGUCAUAUCCAAUAGGCACAAUGGGAUUAAGGCUGCACUGGAAGCUGCUGACGGUGGCUGGCUUCCGCCUACUGCAUAUAGGGCUUUCUGCAUCCGACACAUGCUUGCCAAUUUCACGCUAAGUUUCAAGGGUAAGGAUGCAUGGAAGUGGUUAGUGAAUGCUGCUUAUGCCAAGACCGAGGUCGAGUUUCACUACUGGUUUGAUAUUCUUCAUGCCGAAGAUCCUGCUAUGUGCAACUGGACUAAUCGGAUUGACUAUGCACAUUGGACUCAGCAUCGGGACGAUGGUCGGAGAUUCAGGCACAUGACUACAAAUAUAUCUGAGUGUGUGAACUCGAUCCUCAAGGGUGUGAGGAACUUUCUGGUCUAUGCGUUGGUGAAGGCCACUUACAGAAGAUUGGCCGAGCUAUUCGUCAGGAAAGGCAGAGAGGCCGAGGCACAGUUAGGAACUGGACAGAAAUUUAGUCAGCAUCUGCUUAAGGAAAUCGAGGCGAACCUGAAGGCCUCAAGGUGUUUCACAGUGACAAUUUAG